AUGAUAACUGAAGACGACGACUUUCGUUGGAAUGCCUUUCGGUCUCAUAAACGAGCUAAUAUCGAGAAGCUGUCGCUGACACCAUGGAUGAUAACUUGUUUGCAGGCCACUAAGCUGCUUCUCUUCCUUUUUUGCAAUACAUUCCUGACUGUGGGUGCAGCCGUCUCCAAAAUUUGUGUCUUAAUUCUUGCCACAAAUCUAUGGGAGAAGAGAUAUACAUCGAACACUUAUGCUCGUCGAUGUAGCAGAGUUGCAGGUGGGUUGCCACUACAAAUGUAUCACUUUUCAUGUUCCAUUUUCUUUGAACCAUGGCGUUGUAAUUUUUCAAUAUUGUCCACACAAAAUUUGUUACGGUGGCAGUUUCUUCAGUCCGCCUUACGUUCCUUCGAAUAAAU